CUGGAUCCCUAGAGCUUGCUUUCCUAGAGAACAGAGGCCGCGUCUAGAGCUGGCCAAGUUUAUAGCCUCUCCUUCUGAUGAAAAGAGAAAGGAAGAAUGGACUACAGUCACCAAACUUCCCUAGUACCAUGUGGACAAGAUAAAUACAUUUCCAAGAAUGAACUUCUCCUGCACCUGAAGACCUACAACUUAUACUAUGAAGGCCAGAAUUUGCAGCUCCGACAUCGUGAGGAAGAAGAUGAGUUCAUCGUGGAGGGGCUGCUGAACAUUGCCUGGGGGCUGCGCCGGCCCAUUCGUCUACAGAUGCAAGACGACAAUGAACGCAUUCGCCCCCCUCCGUCCUCUUCCUCUUGGCACUCCGGCUGCAACUUGGGGGCUCAGGGCACCAUCCUGAAGCCCCUCACCAUGCCCAACAUUCCCAUCUCAGAGGUGGAUGCCCUGCCUGAGAGUGACCAGACAUCGAGCCCCACAGACUCCAGGGGCCUGAAGUCCCUGCAGGAAGACACCCCACAGUUGAUGCGCACACGCAGUGAUGUUGGGGUACGUCGUCGUGGCAAUGUGAGGACACCCAGCGACCAGCGGCGAAUCAGACGCCACCGCUUCUCCAUCAAUGGCCAUUUCUACAACCACAAGACGUCAGUGUUCACGCCAGCCUACGGCUCCAUCACCAACGUCCGCAUCAACAGCACCAUGACCACACCACAGGUCCUGAAGUUGCUGCUGAACAAAUUCAAGAUUGAGAACUCAGCGGAGGAGUUUGCUUUGUAUGUUGUCCAUACCAGCGGUGAGAAACAGAAGCUGAAGAACACUGAUUACCCCCUAAUUGCCCGGAUCCUCCAGGGCCCAUGUGAGCAGGUCUCCAAAGUGUUCCUUAUGGAGAAGGACCAGGUGGAGGAAGUCACCUAUGAUGUUGCUCAGUAUAUAAAGUUCGAGAUGCCUGUCCUUAAAAGCUUCAUUCAGAAGCUCCAGGAGGAAGAAGAUCGGGAAGUAAAGAAACUGAUGCGCAAGUACACUGUGCUCCGGCUGAUGAUUCGGCAGAGGCUGGAGGAGAUAGCCGAGACCCCAGCCACAAUCUGAGCCAUGAGAAGGAGGGGAUCCAGACGCCGUGGAGGCCGUUGUUGACCUGAGAAGAUUCACAGGAAGCUGGGCACCUUCCAUGGAGACAUUCAAAUGCAAACCUUUCCAGCUCCCAAACCACCACGGAGAAGCCAGCAGACAACUCCCUGUCCUUUCUUUCCCUGCUCCUUUCUUUCACUCACAAGGACUUUCAAUUUUUAUUACAAGGAGAACCUGAAAUAUGUGUGUGCGCGUGUGUGCGCGCACAUGGUACACGAGAGAGUCACAUGCAGGUCAGUUCCAAGCAAGCAGCACACGUGCUGUCAGGCUGGCAGGUGUGCUGCUUGUGGGCAGGAAAAUCAGAGUCCUCGCUGACCUGAGGGGUUUCAGGUUGAAGAAAAGAUUUCUGCCCUCAGGUGUCAGGGAGCAGCCUUAUACAUCUGCUGGUGUUUAAAUGGGGAAGGGGGCCUGGCAAACUCACCAUUUGGGAUAUUUAUAUGUUAAUAUAUAUUCUUCCUGUAUCCCUAGAAGGAUCUGUGAGUGUGAGAUCCUUGGAAAUUAACAAAUUAACAAAACAUACCCUUGGGGCAGGUCUGAUGGAAAGAAAAAGAAACCAUCAGUGGGAUAGAUGCACUAAGCCCACCGGGUUUUACACUGGAAACUUCGGUUGUUUUAAGUAACAAGGACAUUUGCGAUGAUCUGUGUGGAUGCUGCCUCUGCCCUCGCCUCCCUGGCUGUCUCUAGGGGAUGGCGGAGCCUGAUGUUUCUCUCAGCCAAGCUGAUGGCCCCAACUCUUGGGCACCUCCCUUAGUUGAAAGAAAGUUCUUAUGAAACAGACCUCACUGGUUUGUACAUGUUGCUGACUGGCUGGUGAGGCCAGGGCCUGUCUUGUGUGGCUGGAAACUUUCCCUCCUUAGGGAAAUGUGGAAGCUGCUUGUAGAAUGACAGGUGCCUGUGGGCCCAGCCCGCUUCCACAUCAUCACGGGAUCUUCCUGCACGUGGAGCUGAGGCCCUGUGUUUGAAGUCAAGGCUUUAUACUUUCCAGCCACUGGAUUCUUGAAAGCUGCCCUCACAUUGUGUGUGGAGAUGGACUCUAAGAAUGAAGACUUGUCCUGCUGUUGACCCACUGUGGGGUUCAGGGCUGCCUUUUGGGCUGCCCUAUGGAGGUGCGUAGGUAGGAUGGGGCUUCUCUCUCGGCUUCACCCAGCAGCCACCUGGGUGAUCUUUAGAGAGAUUCCAAUGGAGGGGGCAGGGCAGGAAGGGUCUGUCCCCCUGGGGCCCCCCCAUUGGGAAAUCUGCCAGGUAGCUCAGCUCUAGUACAGCUGAUACUGUUUGAAGAGGAACAGAUAGAUGCUUGGAGCAGGGCGCCUGGCUGUGGAGGUAACCAAGCAAGGCCAGAGGCUCCUAACACUGAGCCUCGUUGGGGUAGGGGAGCUCCCCAUCUCUUCUCCACCUCCUCUCCGAAGAAGGUUUGGAGAGCUGGGCAAUUGAGGAAGCCACUGAUCUGUGCCUGCAAGGAAGGUGGACCUUUGCAGCAGAGCUGUUCCUGCCCAGGCACCCUUGCCCCUACCUGCCCCUACCUGCCCCUGUGGCUUCCAUGGCCUCUUUAGAUGCCUCACAGCUGUGGUCUCAUCAUUGACUUUCAAAAAGAUGGCAUGCUCCCACCUGGCAUUAUGCCGAGGGUAUCUUAGCAAGCUCACCUCCUCUGUGGGGAGUGCCACCAGCCCUGUGGGGGGUGGAAUGGCAAUCCGGAGGGCCUUAGCCUCACUCAUAUGCCUCAGUGGGCUUCUGCAAAAUGCACAGAAAAAAAUGGGGGCCCAGGGAGAGGCUUCCUUUGUUACAGAAGGGAAAGAGCAGUUUUGUGAAUGCAAACAUGCUUCCUGAGUUUUGCAUUUGAGAAGUGACUUGGAAAUUUUUCUUCUGGUUAUUUUUAUUUUGAAUGUUCAAAGCCCUUGUUGGCCCCAGUAGUCCUCCUUGAGUGGCUAGGGGAAAAAAUUUCCACAAAGCAAGUUACUAAUGACUAACGUUUAUCGGGCAGCUGUUUUUGGUUUGUCAAAGUUCUCUUUAAUUUGCACUAGCACUGUGACAGUGUUAAACAUGGGAAUGUUGCAGAAUGUCCGAUUUCCCAGAUCAUUUUCUGAGAAAGUGAUACUAAGGUAGCCUUGGCUUUUCAAAGUUGGAGGGGAAAUCGUAUCUUAUGUGAUACAUUCCAUUUAAUGCAGGCCGCACUUUGCCAUUUUUGGCUCGCCCUGUUUAGAAAUCAUUUCUCACGUACUAAUAACCCAAUCAGGAAUUGUGGAAAGGUUCUUUGAAAUAGCAGCAGCUGAAAUAGAGACAUUCCACUGUGAUGUGGAGCUGGAUUUUCUCACUGGUAUCACAUGGCCUUGCAGCUUUGAACUUUGUGUGGGUUUAUGUAAUUGUGUGCAAUGAACCUGAAAUCAUGUGAAGAACAAAAAGGCCAAUUUAUAGGGUUUUUCCUCACUUGUGAAAAGCAGCAAAAAUGGCCACAUCUGACUUUCUUUCUCCAGGGGCUUAUGUUACAAGGUGAUCAAAUGAAGGAAAAACCUAAGUUCAUCUGGUUGGGAAGGGGAUCCAGUCCCCCAGGUGAUGGUGGAAUUAAGCACAAGGUCACAUUCUUAGUCAUCGCGUUAGAGGGAAAGUGAGGAGUUAAGUCGUGGGGGGGAGGGGAGUGGUUUCCUUGGGGAGGGACUGAAAAACACAAACAAUAGGUUUGCCUGUGCAAACUGCUGAGGAAUGUACUCACUGGUCUCCAGGCUUGUGGACUUGAACUCUGAGUUGAGGUUGAGGCUGGAGGAUCGCAGACUGGCCACCACCCCGCCCUGUGACAAACGCUGAGCCAUAAGACUGAGGUUUUGGGCUGAGACUUCAGGGAGAAAUAUUUUCACCCCGCCCUCCCUACCAGAAUGAAAACAAUACUCUCUCCUAGAGUUCUCCAGAUAAAGACAUUUUAUCAUCUGUGUAGAUAAGACUUUAGGAUAUAAAGACCAAAACUAGCAAACAAAAAACACUCAAAAAACAAACUGUUCUCCAACGCAAAAAUGUCUUGGCAAGAAUUCUUUUCUUUGGAGUUGGUGUUAGGAGUUUGGAAGGAGAAAUGGACCACAGGGGCAGGAAGCUCUCUUAAGAAAAGAGAUGCUUUCUUUAAAAAACAAAACAAUGUCAAAGCUCUGUAGCACAGAGAACAUGGUGCUAUAGGUACAUCUCCAGGAGAAAUUUCUGUGUGAACAAAGGAACUCCAGUGUCACAGCGACCAAACCAUGAUGUGAGGGCCCAGGGAGGAGGCAGAGAUCUCCCUGAGUACCUGACAAAGCAGUACAAAUUCUCAAGUCAGGCCUCUACUUAGAUUGUUUUGUACACAGGCUUCUUGUUGGAGGCAGAUGAGAUGAGGAACGAUCUCCUAGAGAGGUAAAGAUAAAGGCAAAUGUGGCACCCCUUCUUUCAAAGGGAAUUGACAGCGUUUGCCCUGUCACGGGAGGUUACAGAGCCCCGUGCUGUAGCCAAGCACCAGACACGGACGAGCUGUGAAGGGAGAGCCUUAGUUUCCCUGUGGGGACCCCUGGCAUGUCACAGACCUGUUUCCCAGGCUGAUGGUUUCUGGUGUAACUACUAGUGUUUCUCAAGGGUUUCCCCCACUUGAUUUAGCUUUGUGAAGUAUCUCUUAAUCAGAACUUGCUUUUCAAGCAAUGGUACAUGACCUGGUUCCUUGUUUAGUUCUGAAUUUAUAAACUGAUAUGUUUUUAGGUAUCUUAAUGUAACUUGACAAGUCCUCACUAGGGAGCUGUGAAUUUCUAUAACAUUUUGAUAUGUUUUAAAGCACCUGACUUAGAUCUUGUUGAAUAAAGCACUUUCAAAGAGCAGU